AUGGCUGGAAGAGGAGGUAAAGUUCAAAAGGUUAUGAUACAACCUAUCAAUCUUAUCUUUCGUUAUCUUCAAAAUCGUUCGAGGAUACAGAUUUGGCUUUACGAAGAUAUUUCAAAUCGUAUUGAAGGCUACAUUAUUGGAUUUGACGAAUAUAUGAAUAUUGUCUUGGAUGAAGCUGAAGAAGUUAAUAUUAAAACUCAGCAUCGAAAUAAAGUUGGACGAAUUAUGCUUAAGGGAGACAAUAUCACAUUAAUUCAAGGAAUUGAACUGCAAAGCUGA